UUCACUUAGCCAUUAUCUCCACACUCUCUCUUUGGUUUCAUCGACGCACUCUGUUUUCCUCUCUCUCUGAAUAUCGGCGAGCAAAUGACGACGUCGUUCGGAACAACGGCGACGCCGACAACGACGGCCUCAGCUUCACCGGCAGUGUUUCCGGCCAAAAAUGCCCCGAAGUCUUUAACUUUAUUACCGUUCUGCCAUCAUCGCCGUUACAAUCCUUCACGUUCCAAAUUAUCCUUACGGUUUGCUACAGCGCCCAAACUCCAAUUCUCCUGUAAGGGGUUGCAAACUAGUCGGAAUCAUUCAGCUGUAGUAAGAGCCCAAUUGAAUGAGGUAAGAUUCUUUCAGUGGUUUUCAUUGGAGGAAAUUCUUUCAAAUGUUGUGUCAUUUGUGAAAAACCUUUUGGAGCCAUCUGUUGCCUUCAAGGUUGCUGUUGGUGGAUCUUCAAAUGAUGCAGCUACUCCAAUUACCCAGUCGGAAGAGGUGAAAUCGCCAAGUGAGACUUCAUCAGCAACUUCGGUAUCGGAAGAAUCAAUAUCUAACUUUAUUAGCCAAGUUUCAAGCCUUGUCAAGCUAGUUGAUUCUAGGGAUGUUGUGGAGCUGCAUUUAAAACAGCUUGAUUGUGAAAUUUUAAUCCGUAAGAAGGAGGCACUACCACAACCACCGCCUCCUGCCCCUGCACACACCCCACUUCUACAAUCAUAUCAUGUUCCAUCUGUACAAUCUAGCCCACCUCCUGCACCUGCACCUGCUGCUCCUCCAGUUCAAAUCCCUGCACCUUCUCCAGCUGCAGCAAAGCCAUCUGACUCAUCUGUUCCGCCACUCAAAUGCCCAAUGGCAGGGACAUUCUAUCGAAGUCCAGGACCUGGUGAACCACCAUUUGUGAAGGUUGGUGACAAAGUGCAGAAGGGUCAAGUUCUUUGCAUUAUUGAAGCAAUGAAAUUGAUGAAUGAAAUAGAGGCUGAUCAAUCAGGAACCAUCAUUGAUAUCCUUGCUGAAGAUGGCAAGCCUGUCAGUGUUGAUAUGCCUCUGUUUGUCAUCAAACCUUAGAAUUGUUCGAGUAAGACCCAGUAAACAAUAAGCAGAGAAACUUGGAAGGUGCUUUGGUUCUGUGAGAUUUUGCAGUAUUUCAGUUGUGAUGGCAUGAUUACAAUGAACGACAAUGAGGGAGUGGAUGAGCCUUGCUGAACUCAUUAGGAGAAUUUUAUUUAACCCUGGGUUAUUCUUUGACAUUUUAUGAAUACUGGCUUACUUUUUCCCAGUCCUUUAACACAUAUCAUGUGACGAGGUGAUUAAGUAAAUUAAGGAUUUUGUGCAGUUGGAUUA